AUGUCCACUAAAUCAUCUCGAAAAGAUUUGGAUGAAAAUAAGAAACAAAUAUUGAAUUUAUUGAAUGAAGGAAAAUUAAUUACAACAGAAGAAGCCCCAUCUUCGUCGAAUGAUCCAAGUGUAUCUCUUGAAGAUAAACAAAAGAUUACAAUUCCUUGUGCUAAAUUUUGUGCAUUUGAUAUGCAAUCAUUUAAUACUGUGAAAGGUGAUGGUUUUCAACAGCUAUGCCAAACUGUAAUUGAACUCGGAUACAAAUUUGGUGAACUAAAAGCUGAUGUACCUUCUGCUACAUUUGUUCUACCUGAUCCUACAAAUGUCUCAAGAAGAAUCCAGUUCUUAGCAAAUGAAUAUCGUCUUAAAUUAAUUCAAAUAUUGAAAGAAGAUUUGAAAAACGUAAAACUUGUUGGUGUUUCAUCUGAUUUUUGGAAAAACUGCUAUACGUCUGAUAAUUAUUUGACCAUUAAUCUUCAUUAUACCAAAGAUAAAAAGCCAAUUACAUUUAUGUUAAGCACGUUGUUAUUUAUUGAUUCAAAAACUGGUGAUAAUAUUGUUCGAAUGAUGAAAAAUGUUCUUAUAUCUUAUGAAAUUAAUCCAGAAGAAAUGCAUAUUAUUUAUUUAACAGAGAGUGGUCCAAAUUUUGUUUGUGGCUUGAAAGAUGAAGUUCAUUUAAGAUGCAUAUGUCAUGGACUAAAUCUUGUACUACAAUAUUCUCUCGGUGAAUAA